AAUCCAAUAUCAGAAACACAUCGAACGAGACGAAUAGCUAGCUUCUGAUUAAAUUUUCAACUUUUGGCGUUUUUCGAUCUGUUGCUUCUGCAAAAAAAAAAAUCAUAUAUAUAGAUAUAGAAAAAUUAGUGAAUUUUCGGAUCGGAGAUUUCCCCAAAUUGUAAAAUUAGGUUUUGUUCUUCGCCUCCUCGUUCUAGCCCUAGCUUAGUUUCAUGGAUUCUCGAGUUUCGAUUCUCUUCGUCUGUGCGAUAGCUGUGUCAUGCUUUACGUCUGGGUCCGCUUCAUCACGGGUGGACUUUUCCGUUUGCAAUUACGAAUUCGAGGUGUUUCGAUUCGAUUUAGAAGCCAAAUGUCCUCCUUCUCUGUAUCCAAGUCCUCCUAUUGAGGUAGAUGGAGACUCACUGGACAGGGUAAUGGAUUCAAAUCAUGGAAAUGCUUAUAUGUCAGUACUCUUUUAUGCUUCCUGGUGCCCAUUCUCACGUGCUGUGCGCCCUAAGUUCGAUAUGUUGAGUUCGAUGUUUCCUCAUAUACAGCACCUAGCUGUGGAGCAUUCUCAAGCACUGCCAUCUGUCUUUUCUAGGUAUGGUAUCCAUAGCUUACCUUCAAUCCUGAUGGUAAAUCAAACUUUAAAGGCUCGGUACCAUGGACGAAAGGAUCUUACAUCCCUGAUUGAGUUUUAUGAAGAGGCAACAGGUCUCCAACCUGUCCAUUAUGUGGCUGAAGGGGAACCAACAGGUUUAGACGCCGGCGAUGGUAACUUGAUCACAUGGUUGCGCAAUGGGACAUCUAUCAGAGAAAUAUUCAAACAAGAUCCGUUCUUGGUACUAUCUCUGCUGUUUAUCUGUUUACAAAUGGCAAUCCUUGUCUUCCCCAUAGCCGAAUCGCGCAUGAAAGCUUUAUGGGCUUCUUAUGUUCCCAAUCUGAACCUGGGAAGAUUUGGAGAGAUAAGCCAACUGUUCAGCCGUGGUAUUCACAUGGUCGAUGUGAGGAGGUUAUGGUUGAAACUAAGCCUCGUCAAAACAAGGAACUUCCAUGAAAGAGCAAAGAACGCACAAGCUUGGGCUUCAUCGCUCGCAUCUGUCUCUCUAGGACAAACUUCAUCAGACCAAUCCUGAUCUUAAGGGUGAAAAUCAAAACCCUUGUAAGAUCCUGUCAGCAUUGGGAAGAGAUGAGCUUGAAGUGUGUUCUGGAAAUCUGAGAGUUCCUUUAAUGAAACCCCUGUUAUAUGACUUUUUUGAGUUUGAUUUGUCUGCAACGAAGCAUGUAAAUCCAGGAACAGCUUUGCUUCUGUUUGUGAAUAUCUAUCUUUCUCCCUUUUUUGUUCUAUAAAUUUGAGAUGUCUGUUUUGGCCUCAUUUCUUUUACUGAAUAAUUUGAUUGAGUCAGCUAAAAUUUGUCUGAAUUUCUUACGCA